AUUCGAGUCAUCCAGAGCUGGCCUGAAAGCCAACGCUAGAGAGCUUCCGGUUAAAUACGCGGAAUCCAGUGGAAGUGAAUCGGGAAAACCAAUCGCGCGCGUUUCUUUCAAACGUCUGUACUUUACAGCUUCCGACUUGAGAUCAAAAAACAGUACGGACUGUGAUUUCACUUCUUUUUUUUUUUCUCGCCUAGCGCACUGAUUUUCCCACUUGAUAAGAAAGAGUGAACGAAAUUGUGUGCUUCGUGGAAGAACGAAAUUGAAAAACUUGUUUCCACUCAUUGGAUUAUGCCAUAUGUCGUUGUGCUUCUGUUGCCGUUUGGAGUAAGUGCAAAUUCCAAAUAAUUGGAUAAAUUUCAUCACACCAUCCCAGGGAGAAGCUAGGAGGUACCCACCUAGUGUGUGUUUUGGUGAUGCAGAUUUCGUUCAUCAGAUUUAGUGACUGUCAAUGGAGUGAAUCAACUUUUGGAGCCAGGUGGUGGUGAAUCGAACGUUUUUGAGGGGGUGUUGAUUGAACGUAUCGAACAGCGAUUUUCUGGAAAUCGGUGCUCUGUUAUGUGGGUGAAUCUAAUUUCCGAAUACAUAUCAUCCUUGCACAAGGACCCAAUUUGUGUGUGAUAACCAGUCAUUUGAAAUGUGGUGAAGUUCCAGCCCACCCAAACGCGCAAAACAGCAGGGAUGUCAUUCUGAGUUAUGGUUGGAAAAAAUAUUACCAUCUAUUCUUCCCGGUAUUGCCCACGACAGCCAACACUUCCAGGAUGCAAUCCCUUAGGGCCACACUAGGAGCUAAGAAACGCUCCGAUGCUACAUGAGUUGACUGCAUCCAGUAGAAAGGUAAUACCAUCUAGCAGAAACAGUACCCACCUAAAGGUGGCAAAUGAUUUUGCAAUCCUCGAGCGACCGGAAGAGCCUGGCGAUGAAAAACCGCCAACCAAAUUGAAACAUCUUUCGUGCACAUACCAUACAUACAUACGAGAACAACGAGUUCAACAGAACCAAACCGGAAGUGGAAGGCGCAUCUUGAAAGAGACCGAACCUGAAUGGGAGGAAUGCAGGAAUUGCCAUCGCAAAAUUCAAAGUGCAAAGUUGAGGAAAAAUAAGUGGAAUGAAUUACAUUUCCUCUAGCUUGGUUUGAGAUAGAGAAAGAGAAGUGUUAAAUCGACAAGCUAAAUUACGCUCGCCGACUUCGCUUUGGCAGUUUGGCGUUGGGGUGGUUUUUGAGUGAGAGUUUUUAGCGUGAAUCCACUCCACGGUGUGGUGGGAAGAAGAAGAUGACUGGUGCAAAGCUGUUUCCGCUUCUGAUUUACGUCUGGCCCUUUCUGGGCGUCUCGUUUGUCGUUUGCGUUUCAAAUAUAGAAGAUUUUAUCGUUUUCAAUAGUGCUUGUUAUUACGAGAGCGAUUACGUGGAUGAUAAUUUGAGCUUGCAGGAACUGGUUUCAUCCAGUGACGUGAUAAUAAAAGCCUUCGCCGGAGAUGGAAAUUACCUUCGUCCUGUGAUGGUGGCGGCUUCCGGGGUGGCCAGGGAUGAGCAAGUCUCGGCACAAGACCCGGAAACCGAAGAAGACAGUUAUGAGCAGGGUGGCCGCAGCACCGGCAGUGGGAAAAUACUCGAGUCAUUCCCGAGUGAGAAGACAGCUGGUGGUGCUGGAAGAUUCCCGGCAGCGGAUGGCUUCUACCAUCAGCAGCAACAGGCCGGAAAUGAGGAAAAUGGAAAUGCACGAAGUUCCAUUAGCGAUGGGGAUUUUAUUGUACGCUUGGAUCCAAAGUUGGUCUAUAAAGGCGACGAAAUCUUCAAGAAGUUGAAGCUGAUCAACUGGCAGCAUUAUGUCGUCAUUCGAAGCAUGACGGGCAAAAGUCGAAAGAACCUCAGGCCGAAACCGCCACCCUUCACCGCAACAUCGGGGGCAACAAAAUCUUCCAGCUCUAGCAGCACCAGCAACAAAAACACUAACGAGGCUCCGAGAAGCAGGAGGAUGAUGCAUCCCCCCAGGGCACUCGAAAGGAGAAAAGAGGCCGUCUCCCAGUCUUCCGCCGAUAGUAGAAGCAGUUACGAAGAAGACGGCAAGCCACAUCACAAUGGCGACCGGGCCAAGUGCAACCGGAGCAAAGUUAUCGCCGGCAGCAUAAAUAAAGGCGCCGUGCAGCAGCAAGUUCACGAGGAAAUUCGUACCUUGGGCAGUGAAAAGCCAGCAACGCAAGACAAUAACGAUGAAGCAAUUCAUACUAGCAAUACCAGCAACAGUAACAGUAGUAACAAAUAUCAGCAAAAAGGCAAUGAUUCAGCAGCCGAUUUCAUGGAAGAGAACUCCAGCUCCAGCUCUGUUUCCGACAUCUUCGGUGAGUUAUUACCGACUGAGUUAAUCAUCUUUGGGACGAUAGACGAAAGUAGCAAUCUGCAAGUCGACCUAUUCAGUGGAUUGCUGCUCUGGGACCCGGAACUGGAACGAUCCGUUUGGCGGGAACUGGGUUGGAGUGAAUGGAGCGAGUACACGGCGUGCAGCGCGUCCUGCGGAAAAGGGGUCCAGCAGCGUUUCCGGCAUUGUUUGAAGAGACCCGAAUCAGUCGUGCGUGAGAGGGCGUCCCAACCUCCACCUUCGCCGAUGCUCGGAAAGAAAAUCAACGACAGACGGAGGAUGUCAUCAUCAUCAUCGACGACGACGACGCAAGCGACACCGGUUCGACACAAGCCGUAUGUAAAUAUUGAGUUGGCCCGGAAGGAUAGGAUGAUGAAUAAUGAAAAUGUAAAUCCUCCACCAUCGCCGUUUACAUGGGAGACGACCCUCUCGGUCGAAGAGGAAGGUAAAGAAGAAGGUGUGGAAGUGACAGGUGCAACGAAGCGGUCCUCCAUCCAAUACCCACGCCAGCUGGAGGACAACCGUCAAAACCACUGGAAAUGGGUCGACAAUGAAGACGACAGCGACGACGAAAACCCUCCGCGCCCGGCAGAGACCGUUUUGGAUCCACCAGGGCAACUGGAGGACGAUGGCGAAGACACUCCAGCAUCAGCGACAGAUCUUCACUCAGAAAUUGAGAGGCGUUUUAAUGAAAGCACUAAUGCAAAUAGUGGCGGUGAAAGGAGCACCGAUGCUGCGUUCAUGGAUGCCAGCAUCCGUCACCCAUUACGGCCAGAUUCGACGAACGAUGCAAAAGCCCUGAGCUCCGAGAACACCACCACCACCAUCAGCUUUCCAGGCAAUGUUCCAGAAGGCGAUGUUAAUGAUGAUUAUGAUCCGAACAAAAGCCAUCCCACCCGUUCGGAUGUCACGAUGGAAGCCGCCAAGGAAACUGUCCCAGAAUCCGACUGCGAAGGAUUCAACAUCGAACAAAGGAACUGUAACAUGUUCGAAUGCACAGAUACAAUAGAUUUGCUCACGACACGCUUCGGUCAUCGUUCCAUGGUCAACAAAAUGUGGGAAAACAAGCUAAACUACGCCGUGAGCCAAAUGGAAACCAAUUUCACUCUGAUGCUGGACCUACGACAUAAGAACCACAGACGACCACCACUCGGACCAGACCAGAGAGUGGAAGAUCACCAUACGAACCACAUUUUAUCGUUGCGUUCUCAAUCGUCCGAAAACAACAACGGUAAUGGCGAUGGGAGCUCAAGUUUGUCCAUAAAUUUCGUAAAGGAUGGCCACGGUGGGUUGAAAGUGAUUCAGGAAAAGUUCGGCCUGUCGGAAAUGUUGCCAGUCGGGGAAAGCUUACUGGAUGGCAAGUGGCACACGGUUGGGCUGAGUGGAAGAAAUGGCGGCGGGUUCGUUAACGUUUUUAUCGACUGCCGUUGGGCCAACUCGUUUGUCCUGCCGAGAGGAGCCAUUGAGCUGCCGCAGUAUCCGGUGAUUGAGACAGGUCAUGAUAUUGAAUUUAGGCAACUGACACUCGUUCCGGGCGACAAAGUGCGGUCCCAGUGUAAUCCGGCAGUCAUUCCAAUCACCGAUAACGAAAACCGACAAGUGACCAACUACUUCGAAGGAAUAAAUUAGCAUGAAUUUUAGAACAACUGGCAACGGCACGAAUUCAUGCAGAACAACACAGUCGGCCUUCAUCAAAGCUAAGCGAAAAUUCUCCAUACUAAUUUUGCUGAUCUCAACGAAUCGACGACAGAUAUAUGUAUCCUCGUUCACAUUUGUAUGGAAAUGCAAAUGCCAACAUGACAACCCACACGAUGACCAUGGAAUUGAGAUAUAACAUGUGCCAUCGAAGAGCAAAAUUCGCUGCCAAAUGCUUCCGAAUGUUACAUGCAUAAGUUUAGAGCGAGAGAAGGAUUUAAUUUAAAAUCGAUCUAUCGAAAAAAAAACUAGUAAUCUCGAAAUCGGUGAGGGGAAAAUGCAAAUUCCGAUGUUGACAAAUUUUCCGUGGAAUCGAAACACAAGCAAAAAACCGUCCUUUACGACUGAUCCUUUUUAGUGCUACCAAACAAUGAAUCACAACUAAAUUUGGCUGAUGCUGAAACUGACUAUUCAUUCGCUUUUAGAUUGCCUACCGAAAAAAUACUAUAAAUUACACAGCGGAAAACGAUUUUCAUUUGCCGCUUUAUUUUCCAAUACAGUAAUCGAUUUCAAAAAUAUCAGAAAACAAUAAGCAAAAUCAACAAGCGACAGCAAACAAUAAAUACCAAGGCAGGAAUGUUAAAUUAUGACGAAUUGAUAGAAUGGUUUAAGCGAAAAACAAAAAAAAAAUCCAGUUGAAAUUGUAAAGAGUAUAGUUAUGAUGAAAAUUUGUAGAACGAUUUAGAGAGGAGACAAGAAACACACAGAGAGACAGCUGACAAAUUACGAAGUUAGAACGUUGUCAGACGCGAGCGUAGAUGUUUAUCGAAUUUAUUGCUAUUUUACAAUGAAGAGAAUCGGUUUGAUUUGAGUCUGGAAGGAAGAUUCUGGAUAUUGUACAGUUAAACGAUACACAGCCAAUAAAGGAAAUUCUGAAA